AAUCUUUGGGUUUUCCCUUUAGAUUUAGAAACAGUAAUUUAUCUUCUUCCUGGAUGAUAUGGACUAACCACUCGUAUUCAUAGAAAAUUCUGAAGUCAUUCCCAUGACUAUGACAACGAAAACAUUUGAUAUCGGGAUCUACAGUAUAUAAAGAGGUUUCUCUAAAUGAGGAAAAGUGCAGGAUUCGUCUCGUAACCAUACUAACUAUUUCAGAUAAUUCACUAUGUCUGUUGAUUACCUCUCGCAAUACAAUCGGGAUGGCUUCAUUCCCUGUGUCGGCGUUCUUGAUAAAUUUGAGACUCAGCGACUCCAAGAAAAUUUUGAUGAGUUAGAAAGGGAGGCAGGAAAGAAGGCAUCUCAAUAUUCAUUUCACAACAUCCACGUUAAGCACCAGUGGGUGCUACAAGUCGCCACACACCCAAAUCUACUGAAACCGAUAAGAGAAAUCCUAGGACCAAAUAUUAUCCUGCUGGAUUCCAGAUUUAUCUGUAAAUAUCCCGACACAGAGAUGUGUUCUGACGGCCAAGAUUCUGCAUUUGUGGCCUGGCAUCAAGAUAUGAAAUAUUGGGGAAUUGAGGGUAGAGUUGUUACAGCUUGGCUAGCCGUGGACGAUGCCGAUGUUGAAAAUGGAUGCAUGAUAGUCAUCCCAGGAACUCACCAGAAUGGUCUGGUAGAACAUGAGGAUUGCACCGUUGGAGGAAAUUUGCUGAGUUCAAACCAGUCGAUUCCUAUCCAGUUGGUUGAUGUGAAAUUAGCUCAGCCAUGUCCUGUCAAAGCAGGACAAAUGUCUAUCCAUGAUGGGCUGCUUAUUCAUGGAAGUGAGCCGAAUACGUCAUCAAGACGACGAUGUGGUUUCGUCAUAAGGUACGUGGCUACCAGCGCCCGACCAAUCCAAGACCCACAAAGACCACGGACCUUUCCGAGCACGGUUCUAGUUUCCGGAAUUAAUGACCACAAGAAUCUUGAAGACAAUAAACCCGACUGGUUUCAAUGUACCCUCUGAACAUUUAAACCUCUCUUUUGGUUUUGGAAGCGUUA